GGAAGGUAACUCUCACUUCUUGGUAUAUUCUCGGUUUGUUACUUUCCAUACGUUAGUAAAAAGCAUGUCUCCAAACCUCCCAACAGAGUUUUUAUGUAUCCAUUCAAACAAUCACCACGAAACCCCUGAAUAAUACUGGCGUGCCUGCAACAAAGACUGAUCCUGAUUCUUUGUGCUGUGAACAUGAAAUAACAAAAGAACCCUUACUCGUCUUUGGGAGUAGGAGGAAAGUCUGCUGCUGAGUCUCUGUUGUCGAUAAGGAAGCCGCUCGCCAAAUCAGAUGUCUGUCUUUGCACGUUGCUUUGGGGGCAGUAGUUCUAUUGUAAACUUUCUCGAGUCAGGUUGUAGACUCGGAAAUACAUAUACCAUCACUCAUUUUCGAUUGCAGCGUACUGUCGUCUGCCAGAUUACUGGAACCAUUUGCUUUGCAAACAUGGCACGCCAGUCUCCAAGUUCUGAUAUGGCGGCAUUCCGUGAGCAGUUUGCAAAAGCCAAGCACAUUGUUGUACUCACAGGUGCUGGUGUCAGUGCUGAAAGUGGUGUGCCAACAUUUCGAGGUGCAGGAGGUUUCUGGCGUAAAUAUCAGGCACAGGAUUUGGCAACACCUGAAGCAUUCAAACGCAAUCCUUCUUUGGUGUGGGAAUUUUAUCAUUAUCGUCGUGAAGUCAUGCUCUCAAAGACACCUAAUCCAGCCCACAUUGCUAUAGCAGAAUGUGAAAAAAGGCUUGCUGCUCAAGGGCGACGUAUUGUGGUUAUAACACAGAACAUCGAUGAACUUCAUGAAAGGGCUGGUUCUAAAAACAUUCUGGAACUUCAUGGUAACCUUUUCACUACACGCUGCACUAAAUGCAAAGAUGUCAAAGUCAACAAAGAUAGCCCUAUCUGUCCUGCACUUUCUGGAAAAGGACUGCCCGAUGCAGAUGCCCCAGAUGCUCGUAUACCUGAGUCAGAGCUGCCACGAUGCAUGCAGCAAGGAUGUAAUGGGCUUUUGACCCAUGUUGUUUGGUUUGGAGAAUCUCUGGAUCCUCAGGUCUUGGCAAAAACUGAUUAUGAACUGGAAAACUGUGAUCUAUGCUUGGUGGUGGGUACCUCUUCUGUCGUGUAUCCUGCAGCCAUGUUUGCCCCACAGGUAGCUGCCAGAGGAGUACCAGUAGCUGAAUUUAACAUGGAACAUACACCUGUGACCCACAGUCUUGGAUUUCACUUUCAAGGUCCUGCUGGGGUGAAUGUACCCAUUGCCUUGGCUGCACAUGAGUCUGAGAAAUUAAAGUGAAUCGUAAUUCAUCAUGCUAUUUAAUGGUCUGGAUAAACCAUAGUUAUUGUUUGUAUUUCAAUGCUUAUGUCGUUUAUAAUUUGUUUUUGAUCAGCUUUGUAUGUGUUAAUAAUAAUAAAUGUGUUAUUUAUAUAGCACAUAAUCACACUCAUGAAGGAGCAUGCUCUCAGUGCUUGGCAGGCAGGAGACAUGGACAAUAUACAAAGGACGGAAGGAAAAACAACUCAGCAGACAAAUUAUGAAAGACAAACGUAUAAGACACAAAGAGGUAUCAGGAAACAAAGUAAGAAUGGAGAGUGUCAUAAAUCUGCAGAGAAAGAAAAGCAUGCAAGCUAGUCAAUUUGCUAUAAUUAUGCUAUUGACAACUAUGUUAAUUGGUGUAAGAAAUACUGCUCGUGAAACAGAUGUGUUUUUAGUGCAUGUUGAAAGGAUUAGAUGGUGGGUAGAUGGCAGAUAUGCAAAGGAAGAAAGUUCCACUAUUUUACAGCACAGUAACUAGAAAUCUGGAGAUCAUAUGCUGCUGUUCUGGUGAUAAAAACAAUUGUUGAAACAUUGUAAUAUUUCAAGUACAUAUUUUAAUUAUUUAUUUUAUAUUAUAUUACUUGAAGUAUAGUUUCAAAGAAUCUGCUCUGUGAUAUUUAUGAUAGUUAAUGUCGGCUGUAUAACUGCUUAUGCAGAGCAUUAUUUGUCUGCCACAUGCCUGGUGACUGUUCAUAUUGUAUCUGAUUUGUUAAUAUAAUACGAUAUUCAAUUAUAUAAUCGACUUGAUUCGUGAUGCAGCAUCACCGAAUUAUCUGUUAUCCAGAGUGCAAGAGAUUUGUUUUAUGUGCAAAUGGACCAUUAGAGAGACUUAUUUUUGAAGUAUUUUUGUGAGUUCAAUAAACUCUUUUAGAUGGUGGGUUGUAGGUCUUUUACAAAAAUGUUGUCCAUAAGCAACAAACACUUAUUGUGUAAGGUGUAAACUGAAUGAAUGCCUUUCAAGUGCCUAUUAUUCUUUUCACAGUUUUUUUUUUGUUUUUUGACUCAGUUCUGCACGAAUUUUGUACAGUGAUGUGACGAGAACUUUCUGGAGUUAAAUGUAAACAAAACAAAAGAAAUAAAUAGAGACUUUAGGAGAAUCAAUAGAUGAUUUUGUUGCUUCUAGUGUGAUACAUAGUAAACCAUUGAAACUGUUAACACUUUCAUGUACCUGGGAACUAUUUUUGAUUGCCAUCUCAAAUGGAAUUUUGACACCGAACACAUUGUGAAAUGUGGCUAACAAAGACUGUACCUUGUGUGUAAGCUAAUAGCUUUUCAGUUAGUCAAGCAAUCUUAAGGCGGUUCUCCCAGUCGUUUAAUUAUUUAGAGUCUUCUAGCUUUUUCAUUUGUAUGCUGGUUUCUCAAUCACAUCCAUGAUAGGAAUAGUCAGAACAGUAUUGUCCACAUCUAUUCUAGGGUAAUUGGUAUCAAAGAGAGGGAUUUAUCUUCUUUCUGUUGCCAACAAAUAAUAAAGAAAGCAUCCCGUAUUUUGUCAAUACCUGAACAUGUACUAACGAGAGAAUUUGUAUUAAGCUCAGUUAAACGUUAUGCAAUUGAAUAUAUGUAAAAGCAAUAGGCACCUGAAAUCGUUUGGGCCAUCAGCAGUCCAACUGCUCAACCUCAGAUGAAUGGUCAGUGGUGUGUGUGAGCGUUGUUGUAGAUGUUCACAUAAAUGGCCUUGAUGUAAGUUUUUUUUAAUGAUUGUCAUUUGUUCACUUGUUGACAUUUUUUUUAACCCUGCACCUUGGAACGAACUUUUAUUUUUAACUUUUUGUGACUAGAGCACCUUGGCAUGUUCAACUUGCCCAUUGAGACAAAUAAAGUUGAUCAUUGUCAUUGA